GUUGCACUGUUAUAAACUAUGGUGCAGGCUGACUGAUAAAUCAGGAAAUGUAUAUAUAUAGAGAGAGCUGUCUGUCACAGUGGUGUCCGGAAGUCACAACUGGCCUUUUUCAAGGGCAUAUAUAGCAAAUGGCACUGUUUUUAAUUUCAUGAGGGUUCUUCUUUGAAACCAGACAUUCAUAAGGGCCCAUUCUCCACCCAACUGUUUGAGGGCCUACUCUCUCUAUGGGUCCCCCCACUGCAUGAGCCCCAGUGCAACCGCACUGCAUGCACUGUCUGUAUUUACGCCCCUGUUCUGUUGGCAUGUCUACAUCACCUGCACUCAUCUAAAUUUUUAAGAUGGAGAGAAAUUAUGAGAAAGAAAUCAUAGUAAUCAGGAGUGGACUUUUCCAUUAUGCCACAACUAUAAGGGCCUAAACUUUUAUAGAUCUGUUAUGAUGUUCAGAUGUGAAAAAAAAAAAAGUUGAAUCAUGUUAGUAUUUUAUGUCGUUGUACCCCAAAAUAACUCACCAAAGGCCCCUAAAGCUCCUUUUAAUUUAAAAAGCAACUGUAUACUUAAACUUCAGAGGAAAACACUGUACCACUACAUUUAUCUGACAGAUAGAUGUUACUGGUUAUGUAGGAGAUUCAGAUUUUUACUUACAAACUAUAACAAUCAAAAUAUGAUGCAUUACUUUUUUUUAAUAAUCCAACUACAUCUUUUAUUUUUAACAAUUUAUUUUGAUACUGAAAGAAUACCCAGUAUAACUGAUGUUUUGCGAUGGCCUUGUUUUUCUUCAAUGUUAAAACCACCGAGAAGCAAAGAGUGUUCAGCCCACAAGUGCAACACAGGCUGAGAGGUAGAGCAGCCGCUGGGGGGCAGUAGUGCAGUAACAGAACCUAACGCACACAGCGGGAGAAGAAGGAUGGCGCCGGAACCGGAACUCACUGUAGUGGUAUUUUAUGAACAAAACACCUAUGAUUUUGAAACAUGGCGGUGAACGGUGUUUACACCACUCGAACCAGGUGGACAGUGGAUAUGGAAGAUUUACUUGUAGACUUGUGGAAACAGUAUGAGUGUUUGUAUGACGUGUCGUCGGAUACAUAUCACAAUAAAGCCGAGAAAGAGCGGUGCUGGGAAGAGAUAGCUGUUGCUCUGGAUCUGUCAGUGGAAGAAGUGAAGAUGAGGGCGACCUCUCUACGGACUCAGUACACCAGAGUCCUGAAGCCUCUAGCUUUAAGCGGAGGGAAAAAGAAUAAAGCCCUGACAACAAGACAGAGGAGGAUCCUCAAGUCCCUGAAGUUUCUUAGAAAACAUGUCAACCCUCGUUUCACUGACUGCAAUUCUGACCAAUCAACAAAAGACACAUUGAACACACAACAGAACAGUGAAGAGAGCAACCCAGAGGACACAGCCUUUUCCUUGGACCUGGACUCUGGCAGAUCACACUCACCCGCAGAGAAAGCUACUAUUGUUCGGACCAACUGGUCUAUAGAAAAGGAAAACAGACUUUUACAACUGUGGCAGCAGCACAACUGUUUGUACGACUUGUCUGCUGACAGAUUUCACGACAGGUUGGAGAGGGAAAAGAGAUGGGCUGAAAUCGCUUCGGCUUUGGAACUUCCAGUUGAGGAUGUGAAGGUUAGGGCCACCUCACUGCGAACUCAGUAUUCCAGACUGGUAAAGCCGCUGGCUUCUGGGAGGAAGAAGAAACCCAUAACAGGGAGGCAGAGGAUGAUCCUCACGUCCUGCGAAUUCCUCAGAAAACAUAUCAACCAUCGUCCUAUUGAAAGCAAAUUUGACCAACUGAUCAAAGAUUCGUUGAAGACACUGCAGGACAGCAGUGACAGCGAGCCAGAGGACACAGUACUGUCCCAGGACCUUGAUGGUGGGGCGUCAUCUUCACCCACAGAGAGCUCUUCUGUUUCACCUCCUCCUCCUCAGCUGGCCAACAACCAGACCAAAACCCCAAACAGGACUGACAAGGAGAGACAGAAACUCGCCUUGUUGCAGCACAUAGUAGAUGUCUUUCAGGAGACCAGCAGAGAACCACAGAAAGACUGCGAGGAUGCGUUUGGUGUCACUGUUGCAAUGGAACUGAAGAGGAUACGAAACCCAGCUCUGAGGAACCGAGUGAAAAGACAAAUUAUGACUGUACUGUAUGAUGCUCUUGACUCUGAGCAGAUGACAGACCCAUACCAGCCGCAUAACACAUUCCAAAGAGAAGAACCCCACUCUAUUACUGUAGUCAUACCUUAACAUCUCACCUAUGAUUGUUAGGUUCUGUAGGUUUUUGUAUUUGAGCUUGUUUCUUAGCUUGUAGGCUAACUGGUACAGUGUUCGUGGCUGUGAAACAUACAAUAAUAUCUUCUUUGAUGUUACAGUGUGUUCACAUUGUUAUUAUUGUAAUUAUAUACCAGACGUCUAACUAAAGUUUCCAGAGAUAUAUUGCCUCUGGUUGAGAUUUUUGUAUAAGGCACCUGGAGGUUUCAGGUUUGUUUGGCAGUGUUGUGUUGGAAGUCUGUUCCCCCUUUGAAAAGUGUAUCUUAUAUUAGACAGCACUUGGCUUUAGAAUUAGUGACAUGCCUAACCUAGCUGGCCCGGAGUAUGUGUAAAUCUCAGAUUUUUGGGGAGUGCACAGACAACUCCCUUCAGAGGAAUGUGAAAACACCUUUCUAAUCGGGGGACACACCCCCAACUGAAAAAAGGAUGGAAGGAAAUGUACCUUUUCAUACAGAAUAAAAUGUAUGUUAUUUCAUAACAUACUUUAAGAAAAGGAA